CUUGAUAUUGAUUGUUGUAGUAGUGUAAAUUAUUCAUUCAAUUUUCUUUGAGAUUUUUCUUUUAAAUAAGAUAGUCAAUUAAAAGCGAUGUAUAAGCUAGAAAACAACGUUGCCUAAGUCACAGUUAGCCUUAUUAAAACGUCUAUUUUAUAUUGUUCUCUUUUCUUCCGUCAUGGAUGGGACUUUACCAAAUAAAUCGACUUCUCUGGAAGCUAUAAGCAUACAAAACAUAACUAAUGUCUGUGAAUUAAAAGAAAAAUUAAACGAAAUUAUUAGCGCUGGAAAAAAUUACGAGCAUGAUAUAUCCUCAUGCCUUAAGUCUCUCUUAAACGGUAGCGACCAAGAUAUCAUGCUGCUGUGCGCGCAGGCCAUCUCUGAACUUGCCAAAUGUGAUAUUAAAAGAGAGACGUACGCUCAAAAAGAGUUUGUCGAACCCCUGUUAGAAAUUGUUAGCAAGGACAUUAGUGCAGGGACCGCGGAACUCGUGAAGCAAUGCUGUCGAGCUCUCGGCAACCUGUGCUGUGAUUGCGACACCGCUAGAAAUAUUAUUUUAGACAACAAUGGGCCAGCAAUACUCUUGAAACUGCUGACCAAUACAUUAGGAGAUGACAAGCUGGCAGAGAUACGAUUGCUCACAAGCAAGACAUUGUUAAAUUUUGCAAUCGGAGGAAAACAAUUCUCCGAGUCAAUAGUGAAUGAAGGUGUGAUAGAUGUGCAGCAUAAAAUACUUCUGCGUGAAAGCUUGAAAGAGGUGAUGAACGAUGAAGAAGUAACAACUGCCCUGCUCAUUCUCAGUGUUAUAAAUGACAAUAACCCUGAAGUACUGUUUGAGCCACAUAUUAAUAAGAUAGUGUUGGAAGUGCUGCAGGAGACGAGUAGCAUUGAAGUGUCUGAGCUCUGCGUAGAGCACUUGCUCAUACAGGCCGAGCACGAGGAGGUGAAGAGCUUGGUGGCGCGGGAGGGCGGCGUGCAGCUGCUGUGCGCGCGGCUGGAGGGGCUGCGGGCGCGGCGCGCGGCGGGCGAGCUGGCCGCCCCGCACCCCGAGCUGGACGCCCUGGCCAAGCAGGCCUGCGACCUCAUCGUCAUAGUUCUCACCGGAGACGAGGCGAUGCGCGCGCUGUACGGGGCGGGCGCGGGCGAGGUGUACCUGCAGGCGGUGCGCUGGCUGGAGACGGCCGACGACGACCUGCCGCUGCUGUCCACCGCGCUGCUCGCCGUCGGCAACUUCGCGCGCGACGACCGCUACUGCCUACAGAUGAUGGGCAACAAUAUAUAUGAUAAAUUACUCGACAUAUUCGAGACUUAUCACGAGAAGGGCGCGGGCGCGGAGGUGGAGCGGGUGCAGCACGGCGCGCUGGCGGCGCUGCGCAACCUGUCGGUGCCGGCGCAGAACAAGGUGCGUGCGCUGGCGCGGGGGCGCGCGGUGCCGCUGCUGGCGCGGGCGCUGGCCGGCGUGCGACAUCACCACGUCGCCUACAAGCUGCUGGCCGCACUGCGCAUGUUGCUCGACGGACAGGAGGCGGCGGCGCGGCAGGUGGCGGAGGCGGAGGGCGCGCUGCGUGCGGUGGCGCGGUGGGCGAGCGCGGGGCACGCGGGGGCGGCGGGCGAGGCCCCGCGGCUGCUGGCGAGGCUGGUGCGGCUGCUGGGCGAGGAGGCGACGCCCGCACUGCUGCAGGCGGAGGGGUGCGUGGCGAGCCUGGUGGGCAUGGUGGCGACGAGUCACGCGGUGAUGCAGCGCGAGGCGCUGAGGGCGCUGACGGUGCUGGCGGGGAGGGGGGCGCUGGCGGGGCGGCUGGGGGAGCGGCUGGCGGGGCAGCUGGGGGCGGCGGAGCUGGGCCAGCAGGUGUGCGUGCUGGUGGGCGCGCACUGCGGCAAGCUGGGCGAGGGCGAGGCGGAGGCGCUGGCGGCGCUGCUGGAGGCCGUGUGCGGGGCGGGGGCGGGGGCUGGGGCGGGGGAUGCUGGGCUGGCGGGGGCGGGGGUGCAUCUUGCGCUGAGACGCUUCGUGUCCGUGCGAGAAGACCUGCCGGCGGAGCUGAUGCGCCGCUUCGAUAAGAUUAUAGCGACUAUUUCUGAUCACGCCGAGGGUACUUCUUCUUGA